UACACUUUAAAUGGAACUAAGUAAGAAAAGAAUGAAAGUAUGGAAGAGAAGAAGUGAGAAUCUUUAUUGAACAAAUGAGUAACUUUGAAGUUCACAAUGAACAAUUGUCUAUCAAGAUUACUUUCUCAUUCAGGCUAUUUAUACAUCCUCCCUCAACUAACACUUCAACUAAUUAAACUGUAUUAUAACCUUCUCAACUACUAAACUGUAUUAUAACCUUCUCAACUAGCUAAACUGUUAUAAUCUAAACUAUAUUAUAACGGUACCUAUUACAAAAUUCGUCCAAAGCAUUGAUGUUUCUACUGGAAAGUGAAUCAGCGCAAUUCAGAUUGUUCUUCGUUUUUGUAAUUUGUUUUUCCUCUCUCUCUCUCUUUCUCUCUCUCUCUUGUUUAUUCAACGAUUUGUCUCAUUUUUCUCUCGUUUAAUUCAUUAAAUUUUCAUUUGAAACGACUGGAAUUAUCAGAUCGUAAGUCUUCUCUCCGUAUUACCAUGGCAUAGAAGAAUAUAAUUUACGCGGGAAAUUCAAAAUGUUGAAAACCUAAUUUCAAAAGCAAAGCCAAAAGCAAUUUAUCCCUAAAUUUCACCGAGAGAGAGAGAGAGAGGAAGAAACCUUAGGAGAUUUGGCAUGAGUCUCAGGCAAAAUCACGGAAUCUUAUUUUCGGAAUUGCAGGAAAACUCAACAUCCAAUGGAAGGCUUUUACAGUAACAGCAGCAACUCAAAGCCCCCUGGACUCAGGAGCAACCUAAACGGCAGCGCAUCGAUGGACAACCUGUCGCCUCUUGGAAGAGGCCGCUCCAGCUACUACAACGAGAACAUCGACCUCGGAGAGUCGCCGCUCUUCAGGUACCUCCGCGCGGGGUCUCCGGACUCCUUCAAGUACGCGCCGCUCUCUCCGGUGGAGAACUUGGAGGUGGCGAGGUCGCCGACCGUCUACUCCACGCCAGUGAAGGUGGAGGAGGACGUAGUGGUUAUGGAUGGGAUUCUGGUCACCUCGGCAAUUCCGGCUGGAAGGUUCGCGAGGUCCGUCACCGUUUCAGGAGGCUCCACGACGUCUUCUUCUUCUUUGUCGUCUGGUGGGAAGAGUCUCUACAAGACCGACAUUUGCCGCUCCGGGGAGGAUUCUGGAAGCUGCCCCUACGGCGACAAAUGCCAGGCACAGACACACAAGCUAUACAGUGGCAUUGGAACAGGAACACACGGGCCAAAGAAUCGCUUUGUUUGUCAGUUCAUGGCAGCAGCAUCUCAAACAGCCUCACCCACCAAAGCAGAAUGCAGGAGCAAAAACCUCUCCACCACUUGUAUCACUGGAGCCGACUGGUCUCCCCAAGAUGAUGGCAUUGAGGUUGUGCUGCCACAUUCUUCAACUGGAAAUCCUCCAUCAAGGAAAGACGUGAAUGUCUAUGUUGAGAGUGAUCUUUAUGGUCCUAGGAAGAAAAAGAGAUUGCCGGUGUUUGAUGAAAUUUGCUCAUGAUGGUUUCUCAGAACAAUCUAUAUACUAUACAUGCUCUUCUAAUAUUUGGGCCUCUCAGUUCGUGGGAUUAGAAUAAUCAUCCUACACUUAUGUGUCGCUUUGCUUUUCUAUGACACAUUUACUAUACUACCUCCUAUCAAACAACUACAGUAUU